UAGCAGCUAAACCACCGGCACCAUGAGACGGUGGUGUAGGACCGGAGCGACCUUGGUGUUUGGAGCGGGACUCGGAGCUGCGGUCAGCCGCCUACUGAGCCUCAGAGGCGGGGAGGAGGAGGACGGUUUGCUCAACAGAGUCCCGGUGGUCCCGGUCCCGAGAGUCCAGGCCUCCGAGCUGACGUUGAGUCCAGGUAAGUCAGGAGCUGUGAUGAAGUAUGGCUUCCCCUCAUUGGCCAACAUCAAGACCAGAGAGUCCUACGUCACCUCCUACGACCCUCGCACACGCACUGCAUCCUGGGUAAUAGAGAGGCUGAAUCCCUCGUCUCUGAGUGGCCCGUCAGACAGGAAGUACUGCGACUUCAAAGAGGACGACAGCAUACACAUGUUUCACAGAUCGACCAACGCUGACUUCAAAGGGAGUGGCUUUGACAGAGGUCACCUGGCUGCUGCAGCCAAUCACAAGUGGAGUCAGAAAGCUAUGGAGGACACCUUCUACCUGAGCAACGUCGCUCCACAGAACCCUAACUUGAACCAGAACACCUGGAACAAUCUGGAGAAACUGUGUCGCUCUCUGACCAAACGCUACCUCAACGUGUACGUCUGCACUGGCCCGCUCUACCUGCCCAGGCAGGAGGCUGAUGGGAAACUCUACGUUCAUUAUCAGGUUAUUGGGCGAAACCACGUCGCUGUGCCAACACACUUCUUCAAGGUGCUGAUCCUGGAGCAGGCCGAUGGUAGGGGGGUGGAGCUUCGGUCGUACGUUUUACCAAAUGGACCAAUAGAUGACAAGGUUCCUCUGGAGCGUUUCCUGGUUCCCAUAGAAACUGUGGAGAGAGCGUCAGGACUUCUGUUUGUCCCGAACAUCAUGAAGAGAACGAGCAGCCUGCAGGCCAUCGCCCACAAGUAAAUCAGCAGGUUUUAAAGUAGAGGUCCAGACCCGUCCAGAGACCUGAGUCUUAUGGGGUCAGGAAGGGUUCUGGUUUUACUGCUGGUCUCAGGUCUGUGUGUCGUCAUGAUCCGAGUGGAAAACAUAUUGAACUCAUAUUUCAGACAGGAUGGUUUUCUCCAGUCUGAUCCAGGUCCAAGUCCAGGUACUUCCUCUACUUAACUGUAUAAAAAGUCAACUCUAUAAUCUACUGAUGAAUACGAGUCUCUCUGACUCAGGUGUUUCUGUUUCUUAUUUUAAUGGCUCGACUUUCAUAUUAUUUAAUUUCUUUUUCUUUCUGUGGUCAAUAAAGAUCUAUUAUCCAUGUGUUUUAAAUAAAGUUU